AAACUUUAUUUUCAGCGAAUAUAUAAAAGCAUUACCAUCGUGAUCAUUUAUUCACCAGCACUUUCGAUUAGUGGUUAAUUGUUGCGAGGUAACAUUCAACCAAAACAACAUGCAGAACGGCAAUUCAAUACAGAAAUCAAAAAGUAGUCCGCCAAUCGUGAUUGGCGAUGACUUUGAAGGAUAUUCAUUGGAAUCGUUUCGUAUAACGCCCAACCUGUCCAAAUAUCUGCAAUCGGUACUUAUUCCGGGUGGUUUUAUACAGGAUCGGAUCGAACGUCUGGCUUGUGAUAUAGCAACCGAUUUGGGCAACGAACCAUUCACUGCAUUGUGCGUAUUGAAAGGAGGCUAUCUGUUUUUCAACAACUUGCUGGAAAAGAUACGUCAACUGCAUCGAUAUCGCUGCCUGGAUGAUCCUGAACUGCAAGAUGAUGAAGCACAGCAAAUCAAAGUGGAAUUCAUUCGAUUGAAAUCGUAUGAAAAUGAAAAGUCUACCAACCAAAUUCAAGUGAUCGGUUUGGAAAGUUUGGAAUCACUUCGUGGUCGGAAUGUAUUGAUUGUUGAAGAUAUAAUCGACACCGGCCGUACUAUGGUUAAAUUGUUGAAAUUAUUAGAACAAUAUGAACCUCGUACUAUUCGGGUGACUAGUUUAUUGGUGAAACGAACACCACUCAGCAACGGAUAUAUGCCCAAAUAUACGGGAUUUAGCAUACCCAACAAAUUUAUCGUUGGCUGUAAUAUGGAUUAUAAUGAAUACUUCCGCGAUUUGAAUCAUCUUUGCGUUAUGAACGAGUAUGGCAAGCAAAAGUAUUCGUUGGCCAAUCGCUAAAUCAUUGAUUACAUACACAUUUAAUAUUAUAUUUCAUUGAUUAAACAAUAAAUAAUGGUUAUCUUUUCCUUUUCGGCAUU